AAUUAAUUAAAGUUCGCAUCUACGGAUUCAAUCACUGUUUCAUCAUUGCCAAGCUACGGCCCAAACAAUUUGAGAAUCUCGACGAUAAAUUAAGAAUGUUGUCUUGACGUUUCUUGGGACUUACAAACAAAACAUACGAAAGUAAUUCACGAUGGCUGAUCCAACUGAACAACCAGAACUUGAUGAUUUUGAGAAAGAAUUAGAUUCCUAUAUACAGACAGAGGAGAAGCAUAAAAUGGAACAACAGGAAAUAAAAAAGUCCACCCCUGAUAGCGGCCAGUCAGAACGGUUAACGAUGGACCGCAGUCCGACACGCGAUGCUUCCGAUAACGAGGACUCAGAGGUGGACGACUACAACCUCACUGAGGACCAGAAACGUGCGCUAGAGGAGCUGGAUAAUCUCAAAACAGAAAUGGGAUACCCGGAUGAGGAUCCACCAGACUAUGAUGUGAAAGAAAGGUUAAAAGUUCUGAACGAAGAUCUGAAAAACGACCCUACACCUCUUGAAAAGCAGAAAGACUCCAAGGUAGUAUUCAAGGACAACCUUAUUGAUUUGGUGGCCCCAGCGCCAGAUUAUGGGGAAGAAAGUGGGGCAGAAGAUGCAAACAGUCCAAGAAACGCUAAACCUAAACCCACUCAAAAUCAGCCUGAAGACAAGGUUGACGAAAAGUCUGAAACCGUUCAGGGAGGGAAGAAAUCAACUGUCACAAACGAAAAGAAGGAUACUGUGUUAAUUGAAAUCGAUGGACAAAUUAGACUUGUCAGUUCAGACGAUGUUUAUGCUAACGAUUUAGGCCUAUCACCAAUUAUUACAGACAGUAAUAAAAGCAAAGGUAACGAAAGUAAAUCAAAUACAAAAACUGUUAACUCAAAAGAAAACAAGGAAAAUAAACCUUUGCAACCUGCUCCCCCUAACAAACCCCGCCCGGCUACCGCAACCACCUCCAGACGAACCGUUAAAGCACCGCCUCAGAAAGCGCGGCCCCAGUCCGCUCACAAUACGACAGACAGGUCCAAUCCUGAUUACAGCUCACCGUACGCAUUGUCACCGAGAGAGAAGCAACUUCUAGAGGAGCGAAAAAAGGCUCUGGAGAAGCAGAAGGUAGAAGCAGAGCGUCGUAAGAAGAAAGAGGAAGAAGACAAGGACAGGGAAAAUCGGGACGCGUUUGAAUUCUGGUUGAAAAAGAAGCGAGAAUCUGAUAGACGUAAGAAAAUUGAAGAAGAAGAAGAUCGGAAAAAGAAUAAUAAAGAGGACCGGGGAGGGGUCGACUCAGAAGAUGGGACUGAAACUGACUACAAUGAUUGGACUGACUUUGACUUCACUGAUUGGAAGCAAGACAAUGAAGAGGCAUUUAAGACCUGGUUGAAGGAGAAAAGCGUUCAGUUCAAGAAGGAGAAGUUGUUGAAGAGGAGACAAGAGCAAGAGAUGCAUGAUGGGUACUACGUACGCAGCCGCGAGGAGUGUGAAAAGGCGUACAAACUAUGGCUGAAACAGAAAGCAAUAGACGCACGCAAGGCUCGUGCUGCAGAGAGAGCCAAGGCCAAGCUGCAAAGACUGGCUGCCCGCAGAGCUCGAAAGUCAAUCUCACUUUCUAAGUCUAUCCGGGAAUCAAACUCGUUCCGUUACGUUGAUUACUACGGUUACCGGUUCUGAUCGACCGGACAUUGUGGGUUUUGUUAAAAUUGUUAGCUGGUUUACCAAAGUAGCAAUCUUUCUGACUCAAUCAUUGGCAUGAUGGUGCCACAUUAAACAGUUUGCAGUAGAUUGGUAAAAACGUGCUUUGUGUGUUAUGUGACUUACCUUAUAUUCCCUAAUCAACAUCCUUGCAACUUACAUUUAUCACAUACUUUCCCAUUUAAUAUGGGAACAUUUGCUUUUCUGUCAUCAAUAUUUAAUAAUACAAUACAUGUAAGUUUUUUAAGAACAUAAUUUGACUGUAAAACAACUAAACAGUGCUUUUUGAUCUAUGAUGGCUUAAAGAAAAAUAAGUGUGGAAUAAUAAGGGGUAUUAAAAUAAAAAAGUGAAUGAUUGGUACGUUUAUAUGGAAAUAUACGGUAGGAUGGUUAUACUGGUAAAAUAGAGAACUAGCUGCUGUUCUGAAGCAGUGCUGUUUUGUUUCUUAUUUUGUCUUGCAUAAGGCAACUACAUGUUCAUCUCUUUUCUGUACACUGUGUAUUACAUUACUGUUCACAAAUGGCUGUAAACGAACAUUUUGGAAUGUCUGAACAAUGGACAAAUUCUUAACUGUUAAUGUUAAGAUUCAUACUAGACAAUUGUAUUAAAUAGUAAAUUAUUUCAACCAGAAUAUUAUUUGUAAUGAAACCUUUGUUCUUACCAUAGCUAGAUAUUUGCAGUUCUCCAUAUUUAUUAUCCAUAUUAUUUUUGUUUAAAUACUAUUGAAAAAAAAAUCAAAUUACUUAGCUGGCAUGUUGUUUAAAGUAUUUACAUGAAUGUCCCCAUUAAUGUUUGAUGCUGUGUUUAAAUGGUAAACAAGGCAAAGAAUGUUCCAAAAUAUACCUGUCAUAUGUGUUUUUUUGUUUUCAUAUAAAUCAUAGCUACAUAUUAUGGAAAAUCUUGCUUUAAAAGCGAAUUCUACUUUGGUCAUUUAUUUAUUGUUUUGUUCAAGUGCUGUGAUAUUAUGAUUCAGGAACUUCAAUGUGUUUGUUAAUAAAAUGCAGCUAUAAUAAUUCUAGUGUCUAAGAAAGAACAGACAUCUGUGGGUAUGCAUUUGGGUUUUAUGUACAUGUAUUGAUUUUCUGUUUAUACUUAUUUUAGCUGGAUUUUUUCCGUUUUAAUGCUGAUCAUUUUUAUCAGCUGUUUACCUCUCUAAAUCAUAAAUUAGUAUAUAUUCACGUAAAGUGGUUUUAAAGUAAGCACAUGCACACACAGGGUUCUUUGAUUUCGUUUUGUUUUCUAUACCCAAUACAUUACACCUCAAUCAAUCCAGAGUACAUGUAUUUGUUAUAAUGAUUUACAAUAACGUUUAUUAUGAUCAUUUGCAUUUUUAAUAUAUCUUAUAUUUACAUUAUAUUUUUUAUUGAAUAUUCCUUAAUCUAAAUAAUAUCUAGCAUGAAUAUUAUCUUACUUUCUUUGAUGCUGAUAAGUUGUUUUAUGUGAAACAAUUCACUCCCAUUUGAGCUUCUUUGUUAACUAAUUACUAAAUAUUGUAAAUGAACGCUUUAUAUUCACAUAUCUUUUGGAUGAAUGCGCAAAAACAAUUUUCACUAUCAAAUACGCAUAUCAGAGGCCCAACAAAAUAGUUAUGUUCCAUUAAUCAUUUGUUUAAAAAUCAUGAAUGGUGUUUUGUGUAGUAAGUAGUAUGUGUUCUUUACUCAUUAUUGGCUAAUGUUUUAACUUUUAGAGCACUGUUUAACUCUCUAUUUAGUCCUGGCCAUUUUUGUAAAUGUUUAUUAUAAUUAUUAACUUGUACUUUUCAUGUAGUGUUUACCUGCUUUGCAUGACAUGGCCAUUUUUAUGAAGGGCAACUUUAACAUGUUAUUUUAAAUGUUUGAUUGUGGCAUUUUAUCAUUUUGUGGAUGUUUUGUUUAAAUUUAUGUAUGCUAUCAUUAAUUGCAUGUUUGUAAAAGCAGUUGAAAUGUUAGUCAGAAUUUUUUUUUGUCAGAAAAAUGUAUUAGAAUUUUAGCAGAAAAUCAAAAUGUAUCAGUGUAAGUAAAUUAUUAUCUGAUUAUCUCCAUGCAAAUCUGAUGUUAAUUAAUUUAUUUGUUUGCAUCUUAUAUUUUUGGUUAUUACUAUCUACAUAUAAAUCAUGUUUAAACAAUUUUCACCAAUUUUAAUAUUUAACUGUAAGUUAAUCUACUUAUUUAAUUAAUUGACGAAUUAAAUAUUUAUGUAUACAGAAUAAUAAUUUACUGUAGCCAUUACUCGCAAUUAUUAAAAAAAAAUCUGCACUUCCAGUCGAAACACUUAGAAUUCAUUUGUUAAGUCUAUAUUGAAAGCAACAUCUGUUAGCCGGUGUUGAAAACAUAUAUUGGGAUUAUUUUACUUUUAUGUAAUGUUGUGUUUAUAUAGACUUAAUGUGUUACUCGCUUACAAUAUUUUCAUUUUGCAACUGUUGGAAUUUGUGAUGCCAGCAUCCUGCCAAGUCUUAUACCAUGUAAUGAAAAGUUAAGUUUUAUGUUUUCAGUAAUUGAAUGGAAACUAACAGUUAAAACAAACUGUAUUUAAUGAUUGUGGAUUUGGGAAGUCAGCUCUUAUUUGAUUACUAGGCAGUCACCAAAUUGACUACCUUAAUAAGAUAUGAUGGCAAAUAUACACAUUUUUCUUUAUGUAUUUUUUUUCUUGUACAUUGUAAGGAACUUGUUUUUUUCAGUCUGUGAUAUAAUAAUUCUAGACAAGUUCAUAUAUAACAUGCAAGUGUAAAGAUGUUGGAACAGCGUAAUCAUGUUGUUUUUAUACAUAGUGUUUGUAAUGGUUUCGCACUUAGAUUAGAUGAUUUUAAUGUCGUCUGAUGUUUUGUCUCCAUUAUUUUAUAAAAUGUGCCAAUAAAAACAUUUAGAUAGC